AUCAUAGAUGAACGUGGUGUGGCAUAUAAGCACAGUGAGUGGUGCGCCAAAAAGCAGAGGCAGCGGCACCUAGUGCCGCGGGAGUGGCACCACCCCAUUUCGAUGAUACAAAUUCAAAAUUCUGAUUACAACCAAAACCCACAAAAAUCUCAGUCUCAUCUCUCUCAAUCAACUCAGUUAAUUCUUCUUCUUGUUGCAGAGCCAUUGCAUCCAAAGUGUUGUGUUUUGUUCAAUCUUUUCUUCAUGAUGUUGUGCAGAAAGAAUUCGAUUAAGAGUGGUAGUGGAUCGGUACCAGUCCACCUUAAUGUUUACGAUCUAACCUCCAUUAAUGGCUACGCUUACUGGCUUGGUCUCGGAGUCUACCAUUCUGGUGUUCAAGUUCAUGGAAUUGAGUAUGCCUUUGGAGCUCAUGAGUAUCCGACGACAGGGAUUUUUGAAGGAGAACCAAAACAGUGUGAUGGGUUUACUUUUAGGAAGGCGAUCUUGAUUGGAUGGACAGAGAUGGGUCUGGCAGAGGUGAGGGGAGUGAUGGAAGAACUAUCAAAAGUGUACAAAGGGAAUGCAUACAAUCUGAUCACUAAGAACUGCAACCAUUUCUGCAAUGAUGCUUGUAUCAGACUCACUAGCAAUGCCAUCCCCAGUUGGGUUAACCGGCUGGCUAGAAUCGGUAUGUUCUGCAAUUGUAUUAUCCCAGUGAGUUUAAAUUCAACUAAAGUUCGUCACCAUAGAAUCGAAGAUAAGGUCUGCGAAGGAGACAAGAAAAAACUAAGAAGCGGUUCAAAAAGGUUCGCUUCAUCGUCUAAUUCUUCAUCUUCUUCGUCAUCUUCUCCCCCCAAAGCAACCAGAAGUAGUAGUAGAAAGAAGCAUUCUGUUCUUCCAUCGUCACCUUUGAUUGUUGGUCCUCCUUCAUCCUAGGAAUUCUUGUUCUUCAAAACCUAAAUUUUUUAUUUUUCUUUCCUUAAUUCCUGUGAUCUUCUUGUAAUGCUAACAGCUUCUUGAGAAGCCUCUGCAGUAUUUUCACAUGUACAUGCUUUCAUUCUUGCAAAUUAUUGUUGUUCUCAUACAAUGCUCCAAAACAGUGCAAAAAGAUAAACUUAAUGCCAAUCUUUGGAUGUUUAUGUUCUCUC